UCCAUAAGUAGAAACUUGGGUUAUUAGUGCAUGUGUUUAUCCAUCAUCUUACACCCACCUCAUUUAUUUCUCUCUUUUCUCUCAACAUCUCCUCAUUAAACUCCUCUCCCCCCCCCCCCCCCUCUUUUUAUUUCAUUUCCUCCAUUAUUUCAAUUUUCAACCACCAAAUUCUCUACCUUUUCUCUUCAUUCAUCCUUUCUAAAUAUGAUGGAAUCUCCUUCUAGAACUCUUACCCUCUCUCCAUCUCCUCAUUCUCCUUCCCCCACCACCUUCCGCCGGCGGCGUAGUAGCAGUGACUCGGCUAACUCGCCCGAGUUUGAGUUCUCGAGUCUCGGAUGCGACUCACAAACUACACUUCUUUCAGCUGAUGAGCUCUUCUCUGAUGGGUUCCUUCUCCCACUUCAUCUCCUCCGUCUUCACAGAUCUGAAUUCGAUCCUGAACCGGAUUCCGGUCCAUCUGAAUCGGAUCCUGGUUUAUGUGAACCGGAGUCUGAACCUUCUGCGUUGAUUACUUCCUCCGGUUCAGGUAACCCGAUUCUCAGUGCUUCGAAACGGUGGAGAGAGAUUUUUAAGCGAGGUGAGAAAAAACCGGGAAAUAUCACUGAAGAUAAACCAGAGAAUAAACUUGAGAAAAAGAAAGAAAAAGAUCGGAAAAGUAGUAGUAAUAUUAAUAGUAGUUCGGCCGAGUUGAAUAUCAAUAUAUGGCCGUUUUCAAGGAGCCGGUCUGCAGGAAAUAAUUCAGGCCGGUCUAAAUCAGCGGCUCAAUCAAACCGGAAAGUCAGCAGUGCACCAUGUUCAAGGAGUAAUUCUUCAGGUGAAUCUAAAUCAAGAAGGUCUUGGCCCAGUAGUCCGGGUCGACCGGGAGUUCACUUGGGUCGAACCAGUCCGGUUUGGCAAGUAAAGAAAACUGGACCAGUGAACCGCACAGCUAGUAGCGGUGGUUCGGGUAAAGGCCGGGUUUUGAAGCUGAAUGUUCCGGUUUGUAUCGGAUAUCGACAGAGUUUGAGUUGUGGAAGCGACGAAAAUGGCGGCGGAGGGGGAGUUGGUGGUGGUGAUGAUAGUGGCGGCGGAAGUGGGCCCAGGAAUGGUGGUGGUAAUGGAAUUAACAAUCAUUUGUUUAGCUUGCGUGGAUUUUUUAGUAAGAAAACUACAGUUUUAACGGUUUAACUUCUAUUUUAACUGUUAAGUUAAACUAGUAAAUCUGCAACUAGUAGGAUUAUUACUGCAGUAAUCUAGUAGUAGUAAGUAGUUUGACUUUGUGAGUCAGAUUUCGUCUGACCUUUGUGAAUUUCUCGUAAUUUGCUGCUCACAAUGACGUUUAAUAUUUUUUUUUUUUAUUUUGUAUAUUUUACAUUGUACUCUAUAUUAGUUUUAGUUACAUUAUUAUUGUUGAAUAUAGAGCCUAAAAUGCUAUGUUAAACUUGUUAUCAAUUUUAUGAUUUGAUUAAUGAUAAUUAUUAUGAAUAAUGAAAUUAUAGAAAUAUGAAUUUUUUGCCCUC